CAUAUCUUCUGCAUUGUUCUCUGUCCUUUACUGCAUCUAUUACGUCUAUUAUAUCUUCUUGUAUCUUUAGUGACGACAUUUCUUGCGAAUCGGUAACAUGGCUCGCGGCAAAAAUUCGAAUCGGGGCGGAUAUCGCGGCAACGGUCGCGGCGGCUCCAGAGGUCGAGGGCGAGGUAGUGGUGACCCUAUGGACGACUUCUCCGAUUUCUCGAUAUACGAUUGGAUGAACAACGCACCUAGAGGAACGGCCAGUAAUGGCUCCAAUACGCCCAAGUAUAGAGGUCGAGGACGUGGAGAUGGAUCCUCGACCCCAAGAGGCGGCACUCCAAGAGGCGGCACUCCAAGAGGCGGCACUCCAAGAGGCGGCACUCCAAGAGGCGGCAUCCCAAGAGGCGGCACCCCACGAGGUGGGUUUGCGACAUCAAGCAGAGGCUUUGACAGUCCUCGCGGCAGGGGGCGAUCGCGGUACAACACACUCAGUGAAAUGGAAGACCCUGAUCCCGGGAUGGGACGAGGCAGAGGCAGUCCUGUCGGCAGAGGAAGGGGACGCGGAGGCAAGAACCUUGCUUCCAAACUGAAAGCAGGCGUCCCGCUUUCGAAACUGCUGUACGAAGAUCGGCCACUGUUGAAGCCCAUCAAGUUCGUGCGCUCAGUAUACACAGCAACAUUAUUCGAGGAGGAGGAAGAUAUCUUGCAGCCUUUAGCAGAAGAUACCACAAAUGAUGAAGCGAGUCAUGUACCGACCGCUGCGCAGAUUAACCGCGUCUUCGGGACAGCAGAGGUCGACGCUCCAGAAGAACAGCUCGAGGAGAUCGAUUUCUCUGAUAUUGGCAAGCUACAAGCAGAGGUCGACGCUGCUGCUGCGAAGUUGGCAGAAUCAAAGACCGAGACCGCCUUAGAUGUUGCUGUCGUUGGAGAGAAGUUCACUGGCUUCUACAUCGACACGAAUCCAGCUCCCGUUAAGGAGGGCACUCAUACACGAGACAUAAGAGAUAUCCUCGGCGAUGACGACGACGACGACGACGACGAAGUGAUUGUCUAUGUUGCUCCCCAUCCCCGCGCAGGCCCUGUUACUCCGCCUCUGACUCCCGCUGCCGCGGAGUUCAUACCGACCACCUCAAUAUUGACCGGACUUGUUCCACAAUUAUCUGUAGCAGAGGCUCCAGCGCCUCCUUCCCUCAGCGAUACCAUUAUCGACGCCACGCACGCAGCAGCGCCGGAACAUUCUCAUGCCAAAGACUUUGGAGGAAGUGCCGAGGAGCAUCCUGUGACUAUUGCGCCACAUGUAUUGGAAUCUGUCCCCGUUGUCGAGUCGGUGGAAGAGGCACCCGUACCUUCUGUUGAAGCCUUGUCCUCGGCAGAGACAGCUAUUGAGCCACAGCAGCCUGCUCUAGAAGCUGAGCAGACAGCGGACGCGACAGCAUCAGAGUUCGCUCCCCGGCUCCCCGUGGAACCCGCCCAGCCCUCGGACUCUUCUGCAGAAGCCGGCUUAAGCUCCCAGCCCCCACCUGCCGAGAAAUUCACGUUCUCAUUCAAGGCAACGACGCAGAAGAAGACCUACACCCGGCGGCCGCACCCCGCGCGUACCCCGCGCUCGCUGCUCAAGCAGGGCGCACGCACGUGCCGCAAGCCGCCGCGCGGCUUCAGCUCGUUCGGUGCGAGCCUCGCGGAAGCACAGCUCCAUCGCGAGGACCCGCGCGCGGCCGAGCGGCGCAUCGGGGACUCGGACCUCGAGUGGGGCGACGACGCGUCGGAUGACGGCGUCGAGGAGCUCGAGAAUGGCGUGGGCGACAUGGCGGUAGAUGAUGAGCUCGAUAUCAAUGCGAUGAAGAGCUUUGUGAAGAGUAUGGGUGCAGAGGGAUCCCGUAUGGUGACGAUGGAUGAUAUUGCGGAUGCACAGCACAUGCAGGAAGAAGAUGAGGAGGGAGAGGAGGGAGAGGGAGAGGGCAGUACGGCUGGGAGCAGUGAGGAGGAUAGCGAGCUCGAAGCGGCUGUUCGCAUGGAGGAAGAGUUUAUGGUCGCGGAAAGUGCUGAGAUCGCUGUGGAUGAUGUGAAUGAAGAUGGCGAGGAGGACGAAGACGGAGACGAAGACAGCGACGACGACGAGUUUGAUAGCCCUCGACGCGGCUUCCAGGCCCGUCUUCAGCGCAUCCGCGAGCACGCGGCGAAAGGCAAGGGCAAAGCGAAGGCUGUACAACCUCCUGACAGCGAUGAAGACAAGGACGAGGACGACGUCGAGAUGACCCUUGAGCGAUCUUGGGCAGACGAAGAUGAAGACUUCAUUGCGCAUAUACAGGAUCUAGUCGAUGAGGGCCAGGAGAUCCUCAGUCGUAAGGACCAUAAGCUGCAGAACGAGCUUUUCCGGUUGAUUCGCGAUGGCGAAAUUGAUUAUGAUGAAUAUGAAGAGCUCAUGGGCCGUCCAGCCAGGCGAAAUAAAGACAAGUACAAAGAUCUACCCGACGAGCUACAGGCGCAAUGGGAGGCCGACCGCGCAAAGAAGGCGGAGAACAAGCGGAAACGCGCGCAGACACGGCUGGAGGCCGAGGCCGAUCCUCUCACGAAGAAGAAGGGCGGAAAGAAGGGCAUGAAGGCGAUGCUCGCCGCGGCGCGGUACGAGGGCGAGGAGGAGCUCCCGAACAGGAUCGUUGACCUCGCGACACUCGAGAAGCAGAUCCGGCGGUUCCUGGCUAACAUUGGCGGGCCGCGGACGAUGAGCACGCCGCCGGCGGACAAGGAAGCGCGGAAGCAGAUCCACGAGCUGGCGAACGCGUUCAGCCUGAAGAGCCAGAGCAAGGGCAAGGGCAACACACGCUACACUGUUCUGACAAAGACGACGAAGAGUGGGACCAACGUCAACGAGUGGAAGAUUCGCAGGAUCUUGAAUGUGUCUGGGUAUUGGGACACCACUGGGUCAGCGCGUGGCGGGAACGGCAAGGGAGUUUCUUUGGCUAAACAUCAUGAGGGAGAAGAGGUCGGGAAGGCCGCACCCAAGAUUAACGCGAGCAACAUCGGCUUCCAGAUGCUCGCGUCCAUGGGCUGGGCCGAGGGCGACCGCAUCGGUCUCUCCGGCGGGCUGGAGGCGCCGCUAACUGCGAAGAUGAAGAAGACGAAGCUUGGUCUUGGUGCAAUGCCGAUUUUUUGAUUGUCAUGCGAAUGUACGACAGGAGGCGUUGCUUCAUAUCUUGGACAAUAUAGCCUUCUUCGAGGCAAAGGCAUGUACUUUGGGUGUAAGGUAUCGUGGUUAGCGGGGUCAUCAAUAAGCAGCGACAUGUGGCAUACUUAUCGCCCCCG